AUGGCCAGAAAUCCACCCUCUCUUCGCAUUAUUUCAGAGUGCUUCAUCCAACCAUAUGAUGUUGUUACUAAUUCACAACAAUCCAAACAGCCCUUCUACUUGACACCUUGGGAUCUUGUAUACAUACAUCCACGCUUCUAUGUCCAACGCGGCCUUCUCUUCGCCAAACCUCCCCAACCACAUGACCACUUCAUGAAAACCCUAUUGGAUAAACUCAAACUCUCCUUAUCCCUAGCCCUGGUUCAUUUCUUCCCUCUAGCUGGCCGACUUAAAUCCAUCAAAAACCAAAAUCCGCUUUCCUAUUCCUUCUAUGUUGACUGCAACGACAGUCCUGGUGCGAAAUUCGUUUAUGGUGAGCUAGACAACACCACCAUAUCAGACAUCCUAUCGGAGACUGAUGUGUCAGAGUCUAUGUUACAAUCUUUUUUUGAUGAUGAUAGGACGGUUGAUACUGAUCUCGACGCAACGAGUUUACUUACCGUCCAUGUGACGGAGGUGGUGGAUGGAGUGUUCAUAGGGUGUGGCAUGAGUCACUUCCUUGCAGAUGGCAACUCUUUCUGGCAUUUCUUCAAUGUGUGGUCUGAGAUCUUUCAAGCACAAGAUCAAGCUGCAGGGAGCACUACUACUACUACUACUACUACUAGUAUUUCCAUCUCACGUCCACCCGUCCUUGACCGUUGGUUUCCUGAUGGUCAUGGUCCCCUUAUAAAUCUACCUUCCACCCCUUUCCAUGAUCUUGGUCAUCAUCAUGAUGAUAAUGGUCAUGAUCAUGGGUACGAUUCUACUAAAAUAUGUGGAGCUCCAAAAUUCAGGGUGAGAACCUUUCACUUCUCAUUACAAGUAAUAGCAAAGCUGAAAGCAAAGGCCAAUUCAGAAGGCAAAACCAGCGAAAUCUCGUCCUUCCAAUCCUUGUCUGCAUUGGUAUGGAGAUGCAUAACCAGGGUCCGCUGUUUACAACCUCAUCAACCCACAACCUGCUUGAUUCCUGUCAACACCAGAUCAAAGCUAAACCCACCUUUAUCUCAAGAUUAUUUUGGGAACUCGGUUGGUAUCACAGUGGCAGUGACUACGGCAGGUGAGCUGGUGGGUGAGAAUGGUCUUGGUCUAGCGGCGUGGAAAUUGCACCAGGCCGUGGUUAACUACAACGACAAGGCGGUGCGCAAGCGACUGGAUGCGUGGCUUGAAUCGCCGAUGUUUCUGAACCCACAAGAUGGAGGUCUUGAUCCACACUGGGUGAUGAUAAAUGGGUCAGCCAAGUUCAAUACAUUUGGGAAUGAGUUCGGGAUGGGUAAAGCGUUGUCGUUUUUGCUGGCUAGAAACACAGCCACCAGUGGAAAGAUAAUGGCCCACUCUGGGAGGGAAGAGGGAAGCGUCGACUUGGAAGUGUGCCUUCCUCCGGAUACUAUGUUUGACCUUGAAUCCGAUCAAGAGUUCAUGGAAGCUGCUUCAAGAUGUUAA